AAUUCCGAGUCAGUCUAGUAACAAUAUGGCAAUAGUGAUGUCGGUUGCCUGACGCUGUCGAUUAUAUUUCUGUAAAUAUUGGUUUUAUGAAAGUGAAUGAGAUUGUUGUUGAGAGAUGGAUGUAUUGUAUCGUAAGACGAAAUCUUUAAUAGAUGAAUUAAAUCAAACCUUUGUUCGGCUAGAAAGAUGCAGUCCAAAUGAAUGUAAAUCUAUAGAAGAAGAAAUACAAAUCAGGAUAGAUAGGAUAACCAGCAAUAACGAACAGUUGGAAUUGCUAACUAAUAAAGAACUACCGAGUAGAAAACAGAAUGCUAAAUUGCGUGUAGAUCAACUGAAAUACGAUUGUCAGCACUAUCAAGCAGCAUUAAGGAAUUUCCAAUUGAAACGCCUGAAUGUCGAGCAGCAGCAACGAGAUCGAGAAGAAUUAUUAUCGAGAAGAUUCACCCCAAAUGAUCAGGCUACUUCCAUCAUGAUCGAUCAUGCCUUACAGCAUAGCAAUUCGCUCAAUAAUGCUCACCGAGGUGUCGACGAAUUGAUUAUGAGCGGAAGUAAUGUCUUGAAUAAUCUAAGAGAUCAGAGGGGAACUUUAAAGGGUGUACAUAAGAAGAUCUUGGACAUUGCGAAUACUCUCGGUAUGUCUAAUACGGUGAUGAGAUUGAUCGAGAAACGUACUUAUCAAGAUAAAUUUAUUUUAUUUGGUGGAAUGUUUCUGACUUGUGUCAUUAUGUUCCUGGUUGUAAAGUAUCUGACAUGAUAAAUUUAAAAUAUUUGAGCAUCAGUAAAAAUAUCACUUGUAUUGUUUUGAUAAGAUUUGAAUGGCUGUAAUAAUUGUAUAGCUCACAACACUAAUAAUCCAUUUCUUUGUAUCUGUUAUAAAGCAUAGAUAUAUAAAUAUACUUGCAAAUUUGACAGAAAAAGAACAGAUUGUAAUGAACAAAUUUUCAUUACAGCAGCUUAAUCUUAUUAUAUCAAUACGAGGGGUUUAUUUACUGGUGGUAUGUUUGUAUUUGAUGCUAUUAUUGAUUACAUAUUCAGCUAUUUGUCUUGACAAUAUGCAAUGGCUGUCACAAAACUGUAUCUUUCACUUCUUUUUAUUUUAUCAGGUAUGUAUAUCAGAAAAUUAUAUUUUUGAAUGAUAAUUAAAAAAUAUUGAUUGAUAUUUGAAAGUUAUUUACAUUUCCAUUUUUAUAAUUCAGAAUUGAAGUACUAAAUUUAACUGAAGACAAAAAUAAUAGGAUGAUGAUGAUGUACUGUUAUAUUGAUACAAUUUAUUAUAAAUCUUGUAUAUUACACAAUUUAAAAAAAAAU